AUGCAACCGACAACCAGCACUUUAGACUAUAUCCACGAAGACUUUAUAGAGCCAGCAAGUACUGUUGGACCGCAUUUAGAAGAUAACGAAGUGGAUUUACCUUACUUCCCACAACCACCACCGUAUUAUCCCACUGCCAGGACACCUAAAAAUAAAAAGAAAGAUAGAAUUGUGUCCGAAACAUCAGAACAUGUUGCCACUGUUAUAGGCAUAGUAGCUGGUGCUCUUAUUGCAGUAAUUUUGGUUAUUAUAAUUAUACUCCUAAGGUUCAAAAAUAACAACGAGAGAAGUUAUAAAGUAGAUGAUGAAAAAUGCUUCCAGCAAGGACCUCUGCUGGCAAACCAGCCCGGGCCUGUCCAGCCGGUCAGUUAUGCCACGGCCCCUACAUUACCCCUCAAUGGAGGAGUGAGGAACGGUUGCGAUUUGCAGAAACCGGUUGCUAAAAAACGCGAUUCAAAAGAUGUUAAAGAAUGGUACGUGUAA